GACACUGGCUGAAUCACAGAGCGUUGAGCAAAACAAAAUAUCUAAAUGUGAAUGAGUUCAUUCUACUGUGUUUCGUAUAAGGAAAUUAAAACCUCAAAUGUACUUUCUACAUAGCUGAAGAUGUUACAUGUUGAGGCCAACAACUUUUUAAAAUGUGUUCCUUCCUUCUCUAUUGGUGAUACACUCAGCUAUCUAUUCGAUUAUUCGUUUCCUCAUUGCAAUCUGUGUUAGUUGCCUUCGACAUUAUGAUAAUGUAGAAUUAAAAAGUUAAAAAAAUAUAUAGUCUAUAAAUGAAGGAAGAAGAAGCACAUUGUUACAAGAUAUCAACUGCCACUUUUUAGUUAAUUUCACGAGUUAGAAAAGGUGUUCAUUUAAACAAGGAUGGUCAUUUUAAUACUAGUGAUCUUCUGUUUCGCUAACAUGCUAAUAUCAGAUUCAUGUGAAAUUGGAUGGUUUGGCUCAAAAUGUCAAUAUAAAUGUCACUGUCAACAAAAUUGCAAUGACAUGGGAGAUUGUCCAGGCGCCUGCAAAUCUGGAUGGUUUGGCUAUAAGUGUCAGUACCGUGACGUGGCUUUGUCAGAUGUCAUACGAACAGAGCCUCCUAUAGUACAUAGUGUGGACAUUUUAAAAGACAACAACGAUAGUACGUGUGGCGCUACUACUGAAAUCAGGAUAAGAUGGACAAGAUCCUAUUUCAUCUAUUGGACCCGACUGGUUUUACCUAACCCUGGUCAUUUUUAUUUUGGUGUGCGAGUUUUCAUUAGACAGAAAGUGUCUUUGAUAAUGCAAGAAGUAACUACGCCUGUCUUAAUAAUACACAAAAAUAUUCUAGAUAUCUACUUAUCGUUAGAUAAACCCAUUGAUACUCUUAUCUUGCAAAGUAAUGCCAGUAAUAUAGUUUGUUCUUUGUGGGUCAGUGCCGGUCGAAACGUCGCUUUAAAACAAAACACUGUACAAAGUAGUACUGAUAACAUAAGUCUUUCACAGCCAGGCCACGCGGUAGAUGGUGACAAGACAACUUGCUCAAAAACUCUUAAAGAUGAUUCACAAUCACACUGGACAGUCACUUUCCCACAUUCUUAUUUCAUCAGAGACUUUGUUUUUAUGUUUGAAGACCAAUUUACCUUAAAGUGGUACACGAUGCUCUUGCUUGACGACGUUAGUAAGACUGCUGUCCGCCACAUUGGUUUUGAUGCGGAAACAUCCAAUGAUCUGAGCCAAGAAGAAACAAUCAACGUCACCUCUAUUACUAUUGCAGUUCAUGCUCACGCUCGGGGAGAUUCAUCUCUAGUUCUAUGCGAAUUUGAAGCCUACGCAGAAUGUGAACCAAGGAAAUGGGGUUUAGAAUGUAACAAUGACUGUAACAGUUCGUGUACACAAGGGUGUCGCACUGAUGAUGGUUUGUGUACAGAUCAUUGUCUUGGGUACUUAGACCCUCCAUUGUGUACAAAAGCUUGCGAAAAUGGAUUUUAUGGCUUAAACUGUUCGCACAAAUGCUCCGCUUUAUGUAAAGAUCAGAACUGUCACACAGAGAAUGGACAAUGUCUUCAAUGUAUUUCUGGACACAAGGGAAUUUACUGUACAGAAAAAUGUGAGACACCAUUCUGGGGAUUUAACUGUACAUCAAUUUGCAGUCAACAUUGUUUUAAAGACGGCAUUUGUUUUGCUGACACUGGGGAGUGUCAAUAUGGUUGUCAAAAGGGUUAUGAACUACCCAUUUGCAUCAAGGAAUGUACCGUUGGCUUCUAUGGUAUUAGUUGUUUACAAACAUGUCCAGCCAAUUGCAAAGACCGGCAAUGUCAUCAUGUCAGUGGGAAAUGUCAUCAAUGUGUCACUGGAUACCUGGGAGAUUUGUGCGAGACAAAAUGUGCAGCUGGAUUCUAUGGAGAUAAUUGUACAAACAACUGUUCAGACAAGUGUUUAAAUCAAACUUGUGAUGCAACAACAGGGCGUUGUUCACAUUGUAUGAAAGGACUUCAAGCACUCUAUUGCGAACAGGGUCUGAUGCUCUAUAAUCCAAGAGGUUUCUUCAGUAGAAAAGAUUAA